UGGAAAGAUGUAUGAGUUCCAUGCAAACUGGUACCCAAAUGAUCAAACUCCGUGGCAGUUCCAAAGGGUUGGUCCGCUUCUAUUACUUGGACGAGCACAAGUCGUGUAUUCGUUGGAGACCCUCUCGAAAGAAUGAGAAAGCCAAAAUUUCUAUCGACUCUAUUCAGGAAGUUUGCGAGGGGAAGCAAUCAGAGAUCUUUCAGCGCUAUGCUGAUGGCAGUUUUGAUCCCAACUGCUGCUUCAGCAUCUACUAUGGAGACCAUAUGGAAUCUCUUGACCUGGUAUCUUCCAGUGGAGAGGAAGCACGCACCUGGAUCACAGGGCUAAAAUAUCUGAUGGCAGGGAUCAGUGAUGAAGACAGCCUCUCAAAACGCCAAAGGACCAGAGACCAGUGGUUGAAGCAGACAUUUGAUGAGGCAGAUAAAAAUGGUGAUGGCAGUCUGAGUAUUAGUGAAGUGCUCCAGCUAAUGCACAAACUGAAUGUGAACCUACCCCGACAAAAAGUCAAGCAAAUGUUUAAGGAGGCUGAUACGGAUGAUAACCAGGGCACGCUGGGCUUUGAUGAGUUCUGCGCCUUCUAUAAGAUGAUGUCAACACGACGUGAUUUGUACCUGCUAAUGCUCACCUACAGCAAUCACAAGGACUACCUAGAUACAGAUGACCUGAGACGCUUUCUGGAGAUUGAACAGAAGAUGACGAAUGUGACUAAAGAACACUGCCUGGAAAUCAUCAGCAAGUUUGAACCAUGCAUGGAGAACAAGCAGGAGGGAGCUCUGGGGAUUGAUGGUUUCACCAAUUACAUGCGGAGUCCAUCAGGGGACAUAUUCAACCCAGAACACUACCAAGUGAAUCAGGACAUGAGUUUUCCUUUGAGUCACUAUUUCAUUACCUCUUCACAUAAUACCUACCUCAUGGGAGAUCAACUGAUGUCCCAGUCUAGGGUGGACAUGUAUGCAUGGGUGCUACAAUCUGGCUGUCGUUGCGUAGAAGUUGACUGCUGGGAUGGGCCGGACGGGGAACCAAUUGUCCACCAUGGAUACACUUUGACUUCCAAAAUACUCUUCAAAGAUGUGAUUGAAACUAUCAACAAAUAUGCCUUUGUCAAGAAUGAGUACCCUGUUAUCUUGUCAAUUGAGAACCACUGCAGUGUCAUUCAGCAGAAGAAGAUGGCUCAGUAUCUUAUAGAAAUUCUGGGAGACAAACUGGAUCUGUCUUCUGUGCACAAUGAUGAUUCUACCAAGCUCCCUUCCCCAGCAAGUCUUAAAGGAAAGAUACUGGUUAAGGGAAAGAAACUUCCAGCCAACAUCAGUGAUGAUGCAGAGGAAGGUGAAGUUUCUGAUGAGGACAGUGCUGAUGAGAUUGAUGAUGACUGUAAACUAAUGAAUGGAGAUGCAUCUACUAAUAGGAAAAGAGUGGAGAAUAUAGCAAAGAAGAAACUUGAUUCACUGAUAAAAGAAUCCAAAAUCCGUGACUGUGAAGAUCCAAACAAUUUUACAGUUACCACUCUACCAUCAUCAGGAAAGGCUGGUCUAAAAUCAGAUAGUAAGAAGAACAAACUUGAGGAUGAUGUGGAAUCUGGGGAAGACUUCAGUACCAAUAAAAGGCACAGCCGAUCAUUGAUGGGCAGUUUUUCUAAACGCAAGAAAAAAGGAAGCAAAUUGAAAAAGGCAACAAGUCUGGAAGAGGGUGAAGAUGAUUCGGAUUCUCAAGGAAAUUUAGCCAGGAGCUCUGUACAUUACAGCAGAAUAAACCGACAGAAGAAAACAAUGAAGCUGUCCAGGGCGCUCUCUGACCUCGUGAAAUACACAAAGUCUGUUGGCAUCCAUGACGUUGAAACUGAAAUCUCUUCCAGCUGGCAGGUUUCAUCUUUCAGUGAAACAAAAGCCCACCAGAUACUGCAGCAAAAGCCAGCACAGUAUCUACGUUUCAACCAGCAUCAGUUGUCCCGCAUCUACCCAUCUUCUUAUCGUGUAGACUCUAGCAACUACAAUCCCCAGCCAUUCUGGAAUGCUGGAUGCCAACUUGUUGCACUAAACUACCAGUCAGAGGGAAGAAUGCUGCAACUCAACCGGGCCAAAUUUAGUGCCAAUGGGAAUUGUGGCUAUGUCCUCAAACCAAACUGCAUGUGUCAAGGUGUCUUUAAUCCAAAUUCUGAAGACCCACUGCCUGGUCAAUUGAAGAAACAACUGGUUCUGAGAAUUAUCAGUGGUCAACAACUCCCAAAACCACGUGAUUCCAUGUUGGGAGACAGAGGAGAGAUCAUAGAUCCAUUUGUUGAAGUAGAAGUUAUAGGCUUACCUGUUGAUUGCUUCAAAGAACAAACUAGAGUAGUUGAUGAUAAUGGUUUUAACCCAAUGUGGGAGGAAACACUGGUGUUCACACUACACAUGCCAGAGAUUGCACUGAUUCGGUUUCUUGUGUGGGAUCAUGAUCCAAUUGGUCGUGAUUUUAUUGGACAGAGAACAAUAGCUUUCAGCAGUAUGAUGCCAGGUUACCGACACGUGUACCUGGAAGGUAUAGAAGAGGCAUCCAUCUUUGUUCAUGUGGCUGUUAAUGACAUCUGUGGUAAGGCCAAACAAGCUCUAGGUCUAAAAGGCCUGUUUCUCAGAAACCCAAAGCAGGCCUCUCUGGACAGUCAUGCUGCUGGUCAGCUCCAUCGCAAACAUUCCUUUAGCAGCCACAUCUUGAGACGGACAGCCAGUGCACCCACCAAAAGCCAGAAGAAGAACAAGAAGGGCUUUCCUGAAAUUGCUUUUGACACAAAAGACAACAGCUCUGAAGGGGCUGGUGAAGACCGUGAAGUGGAAGCUGCCUCACAGCCUCGCUUUGAGCAAGAGCCAGAAAGUGCUUCUCUGUCACCAGCUCCCCGAGAUGGUGCCAGUGGGGAGGUGCAUGGCAAGGGGUUGAAAGGUAAGGCCCAUAGUUCUCGUAAAGCCAAAAGCCAGAGUUGUGCUCGAGGGGGUGCUGCUUUCAGUGAACCCAUACAGAGGUCUAACAGGGUCCGGCUUCAGGAGCACCAAAGCGAGAAGCAAAGUGUCUUUGCACGCUGUGCCAUCAACAGCUCUGGUAGGAUCGGAGUGGCCACCAAUUGCAUGAAAUGCAUGAUUGGUUCCAAAGAAAGCCCAGAUCUAGAAUGCAAGUGGAGUGACCAUCCUUCCAGGCCUAUUGCUAAAGAUACACUUCACCAUGAUCAGUAUAGCAGUAUAACCGGAGAAGAGAGGUUAGAGUUAAAAAACUGGGGUGUUAAAAGUCAGCCCAGGCAGCAAUCAGAUUUGCAGUCUUGCAGCAGCCCUGGAACUGCCGAUGAUCUAACAAGGAGCACCCAGUCUUUUGUGACCCCAGGGAAGAAAAAUGUUGAAUCUAAAUGUCACGGAAUAAAGGCUCAUGCCCGGCAGCGGUGGCAGUGCCAAUCAGGUGGCAAGUAUGGAAGCACUGUCAACUUGGUUGCAGCCAGCAAUGGCUCUGUAUCCUCCAACUCCAGCAGUCUAGAAAGCCUUGGAAGCCCAGAAUUCCCCAAGCACUGGUCUGAAACUUCUCGAAGGCAAGUGGGCACCCUACAGAGGGAAAUGAACGCCUUGUUCGUUCAAAAAUUGGAGGAAAUUCGAAGUAAAUCCCCUAUAUUCUUUACUGUUGUGGGAAAUAGUCUUUUUGGCAUGAUGGCUUUGGCUCUUAGGGUACAGGUUAUAAACAUGGCAGAUGGAUGGAGCAUUUUCUUCAGCCUAGAAACUAUCACCGAAGAGCCUGUUAUUGCCAAUGAAAACCAACGUGCCAGCCUUUUCUUCCCUCUACCCAUUACUCCUUACAGUGAUUCUGAAGAAGGGUCUGUAUCUGAUCAUUCCACCGAAUCUCGAUCAGAAGUAAGCAGCACAUCCAACCGGCCUCAAGAAUCUCUACUCACUAGAGAACAAAGAACAAAUCUGGCUGCAGAAGACCAAGUGCAGGUAGUCACCAGAGCAGCUGACACAAGUUUAGUAGUCCAAGAAGAUGAGAGGACAAGCAUAGCAGGAUGUCUCAAGGAGGAAAAUGGUUGGACACAGGCAUGCGGUAAAGCUGAAGAUCAGCUUGGAUUGGCAGUGCAUCCUCAAAAAGCCUGGCUGGUAGUGGAAGCUGGUAAGACUGCUGGCCAACCUGGUGAAAACUGCCAGAAGCAAAAUGACCAACCAGGUCAGGUAUUAGCCGACAUGAAAAGCACCAUUGAAUCCAAAGGGAAAAAAAUUGGUGCAGCAGCUGUUCUACUCCAGAAAAACAAUGCGAUUAACAGCACACAGACAACUUUGCUUCCAGACACCUUCCAGAAAGCCCAGGCUCUACCUGUUCCUGUUUCUCAGACCAGCUCUUACAUGUUAGUAAGAAGGUCAAAGAGUGAAGGACUGAAGAUGUCAGACUCCUCAGCCUUAAUAAAAAUUCCAAGUAGCCUGUCUCCAGCAGCAGAAGUAUACUUUGAUGCCACUGUUAAUGACCGGAUCUGGAGCAAGCUAGAUUGCAGCAAUCAUCGUGACAGCAUGUCUUCCUCUUCCAGCAUGUCCUCCAAUGACACUGUGAUAGAUCUCUCUCUACCGAAUCUAGCUCGCAAAAGCCUUCCAGAUCUUGGCAUCCGUCACGAGAAUUUUGAGCCCCUUGCCAUAAGAAAGGGCAUGCGCCCGCGAUCUGCUACAACAUCCGGUAACGAGAUGCCAAUGGUGAGCAAGAGCAAAUCCAAUCCUAACCUGAGGUCUGGCCAGCUGCCAGCAGAUGAAUUGUGCCCCCGUCCCCUUGCCAGGAGCCCUCAGGAUGCGUUCUCGUCCAUUCCUAGAAGGCAUACCUGGAGCAGGCUGUACAUGGAAAGUCUCAGACAGUCUUCUAACAAAUCCAAAGCACACGAUAUGGUUGGGAAUAACCAGGCAAAAUCCAAGAGUCUUGGAGACCUUACCUCUGAUGAUAUUGUGUGCACUUUUGAAAGCAAAUACCGUAGCAUCAGCAGGAGUUUUGUCACUCGAUCAAUGCGAGAGCAGCGCCGCUCUUCAGGCCUGAGAUCCUCAGUCAAAUCCCAGGAUGAACUGACUGAGCAGCUGAAGAAGCUGACAGCCUUUCAGCAGGAAAAUGACAUCACUUCCCCUAUCAGUCUCGAUCCAACUGAAUCUGAAGAGGAAGGGGAGAGCUUGGGACUCCUUCGCAGGUCUUCCUCUCGCAGUCAGAGCAGGGUGCGGUACAUUGCCAACAGGGCUAAGCAAGCUCAGGAGAGACAGCGGCUGCAAAGCCUAGGCCAGCUCAGUGGGAGUCCCAUCGAGGAGAGAGGAAAUCCAGAGGGAGCCUGCAGCGUUGCAAAAGCAGUUUGUAUGGAUAUAGCUUCUCCUGCCGUGUUUACAUCCCAGCCUAAGAACCAAACUGAUUUUAAUACUGACACAGAAGUCUUCUUUAUGCUGAAACUGUAGUUCUGGGGAGCACUGAAUAAGGCAAUGUUUACAUUCCUGUCCAAAAAAUGUAGUGACCUGAGAGGCACAAAUAUCCUCGUAUGGCUUAGUGCUUCCUGGCCUUCUCUUGAUUGUAAGGAUACUUAAUAUCAUGACUCCAAAAGAACAGAUGAGCGUUAAA